UGAAUUCGGUUGUCGUGAGUAUAGUGUGGUGUUCGUUCCCGAAGUUAAUGUGGUAGCACUGUAGCAAAGCAAUAGCAAUAGCAAUAGUGACUGACGGCAGACGGACGACGGUAAUAGUGAAAUUUAACCUGAUGACGAAUGCAAAGAAUAAAAUCAAAAGCUAAUUGAUUGCAUUUUCGCCUCGAUUGUGUGUGAUUUUUUUAAAAUUUAAUCGGCCCCUUUUUUAUUUAAGCACAAAUUAAAAAUUAUCUAUCAUUGCGAAUAGAAAUUAAUUUGUUUUGUAGAAAAAGUGAAAAGCCUAAUUAUAAUAACGUGAAUGAUUGUAGAAAAAUGUCCAGAUAAACUCUUGCCAAAGGCGAAAGGCGAGUGAAAGAGAGAAUCAAGGCUUAGUUUUUGUUUUGUAUUAAAGUGUUUGAGAGUGAGUGAGAAAUCAUUGGAUAAAAUUACAAGAGUUGCGGGGUGUGGGAGGUUUGGAUUUUGAAACCAACAAAACUACACGAUGAAACUGGGAUUUUUUAACUCAUCAAAUUAUCCUGUUCGUGACUUCGGAUGGCUGGUGGUUUUAUUAUCAACUUAUGUAUUUAUUGCGUUAGAUUUAGUGCAUAAGACAGAAGCAACUGGUGAUUCUAAAGAGGCAUACUUCAAUGGAUCAGCCUAUCUGAGACUGUUAACGCCAAUGCCAAUAUGGGGGCAUUCGGCAAUUAGUUUUAGGACUUGCAGAGGAGGUGAAAUCUUCUCACAGCAAUACAAUCGACACACUCUAUGGCUCUCAGUGUCGAGUGACUUUGUACAGGUGACUUUCACGGGACCAAAUGCACGGGUGGAUGCACGUUUACCAUUUAAGUUAUUAGACAAUAAGUGGCACACUUUACAAUUCAAAUAUGAAUACGGAAACUUAAAUUUAGUUGUUGAUCGUUCAUCUAUGAUAAUUGCAAAUUCAACAUAUAACUCACAGUUCUUGACGAAUCAGGAUGUCAAGAACGAGGCAGCUAUUCUCAUUUUAGGCAAUGCCUAUUCUGGCUGCCUGCUCAAUGGACCUGGACUUAUAUUCAAUGCUAGCUCAAUGAAUGCUCAGGGAGUUGCCUUUGGUGCUUGUCCCCUUGCACCAGGGCCUUGUGGUGACCACGAUAAGCUUAUACGUGUCCAAAUGGACUAUUGCUUACAUGACCCGUGCAUGCAGCACGGAUCGUGUAUAUCUCGAGUGGAUAGCUACGAAUGUCAUUGUACCACAAGAUAUACCGGUAAAAACUGUGAAGUCGACACUGGGCCUCCAUGCUUGUCAAAUCCAUGUAAAAAUGGUGGCAGCUGUCAAGAGGACGAACGUGGAGACUAUCAGUGCUAUUGUCCACCUAAUUUCACUGGUCAAUCAUGCGAAAAUGAAAUAAGCAUUCACCCGCUGUGCGAGAAGAACCCCUGUAUUAACAAUGGGACCUGUUGGGUACCAACAGGAGCAAAGACAACGGAAUGUAACUGUGUCAAAGGGUUUACGGGUAAAAUUUGCGAUAUAAACGCCGAUGACUGUGCCUCACAACCGUGCAUGAAUAAUGGCCGUUGUAUGGACAUGGUAAAUGGGUUCUCUUGUGACUGUGCUGGAACUGGCUAUUCGGGUACUUUAUGUCAAAACAACAUCGACGAAUGUGAAGUAAAUCCCUGUCAAAAUGGCGGAAAGUGUUUUGACACUUAUGGCUUUUAUACAUGUGAAUGUUUACCCGGGUGGGGUGGAGUUAAUUGUGAGCUAUCAAUUAACCAGUGUCAAUUCCAACCAUGUCAACAUGGUGGUACAUGUUUGGAUAAGAAGAGUAAUUUCCAGUGCGUCUGUCCGCCAGGCUUUUCAGGAGUAUUUUGUGAACAAGGUCCACCUUGCCCACAAUGCCCAAUUGAUUCGGACUGCAUUGGUGGAAAAUGUAUUUGCAAGCCGGGAACAACUGGCCCAAUAGGCCAUUGUAUCCCAAUACCAACCCCAACUCCCCAGUCGAAUGCAUGUACAAAUUUUGUAUGCUUAAAUGGUGGUACUUGUGCCGGAAAUGCUUCAAAUUCUACUUGCAUUUGUGCAAGUGGAUUCGCAGGUUUCAACUGUGAAUUCCCAACAUCAACGGAUGGAUGCAAGUGUUUGAAUGGUGGUACUUGCUCCUUGAACGGAACUCAUUGCUACUGCCCAUCGGGCUUUGACGGUGAUCGGUGUGAAAAAUUUGAACCCUGCACAGCGGCAACAUGCGAGGAGCCCAUGAUGUGCUCAAACAAUAAGUGUAUUUGUCCGGAUAAUAUGAAUUGUGCGGCUUGUAGCUCAAACCCUUGUCAUAAUGGAGGCGUGUGCAGAAACAAAGGUGCUGGCUACGAGUGUGCAUGUCCCGAAGGAUGGAAUGGAACCCAUUGUGAUACUGAUAUUGAUGAAUGUGCUCAACAUUCAACAUGCGGUCAUGGCAUUUGCGUUAAUAGACCUGGAUCAUUCAAGUGUUAUUGUGAGCCCGGUUUUACGGGACUUCGUUGCGACUCAGAUGUAGAUGAAUGCCUUAGCAGGCCAUGUAAAAAUGGAGCUUCUUGUUUGAAUAAGGUUAACGACUACGAAUGCGUAUGUCCAGCUGGUUACACAGGCAAAGAAUGUGAUUUUAAUAUUGAUGAAUGUGCAAGCAAUCCUUGCGAAAAAGGUUCCACUUGCAUUGAUAUGGUUAAUAACUUCACGUGCUCAUGUAUUCCUGGAAUGACUGGAAGGUUAUGUGAUGUUGACAUAGACGAUUGCGUUUCGCAGCCUUGCCAGCAUGACGGAAAAUGUAUGGACGAAUUGGGAGGAUUUCAUUGUGACUGCGAAGCUACGGGGUAUACCGGUGAACUGUGUCAAAUUAACAUUGACGAAUGUCUGUCGAAUCAUUGUACAAACGGUGCAGAGUGUAUAGACAAAAUCAAUGAUUAUAUGUGCAAGUGUUUCCCGGGUUUCACGGGUAAAAAUUGUGAAACUGAUAUCAAUGAAUGCGAAAGUAAUCCUUGCAAGCAUAAUGGAACGUGUCUGGAACGUUCGAAUUUGACAUUGUACCAGAUGGCAGAUAAGGUUGAUCUUCCGCCUAUAUUUUCACAGGAGUUUUCUUAUGAAAAUGCCAGCGGCUACGAAUGUAUAUGUGUGCCUGGCAUAACGGGAAAGGAUUGUAAAGUAAAUAUAAACGAAUGUGAAAGUAAUCCAUGUUCAAAGUAUGGAACAUGCAAGGAUGGAAUUGGAAAUUACACAUGUGAAUGUGAUCCCGGAUUUGAAGGAGACCAAUGUCAACUGGAAAUCAAUGAGUGCGAUAGAUAUACUCCUUGUCUUCAUGGAACUUGUAUAGACCAAACAAAUGACUAUGAUUGUGAUUGUGACGCCAAUUGGGGUGGCAAAAAUUGCUCAGUUGAACUUGUUGGUUGCACUAGUGGGCCAUGUUUAAACAACGGUAUAUGUAAGCCAUAUUUGGUGAAUGAAACUCGACACCUUUUCAAUUGUUCCUGCCAGCAUGGUUUUCAAGGAGCGAUCUGCGAAAAACCCACCACAAUAUCAAUGGUCAUAAGUAGUUUGAUAACAGUGAAAACCACUCGAGAAGAAGGUUAUGAUAUUAAUUUGGAGUUCCGAACGACCUUACCGAAUGGUGUGUUGGCUUUUGGAACAUCGGGAAGUCAAAACGAACCAGUGAGCUAUAUUUUGGAGCUCAUUAAUGGAAGAUUGAACCUGCAUUCCUCAUUACUUAAUAAAUGGGAAGGAGUGUUUAUUGGAUCAAAAUUGAACGACAGUAACUGGCAUAAAGUAUUUGUUGCCAUUAAUACUUCACAUUUGGUUCUAUCGGCCAAUGACGAACAGGCAAUCUACCCCAUUGGAUCAUAUGAAAGUGCCAACGGUAGCCAGCCCUACUUUCCGUUAACAUAUUUAGGAGGAACGAUACCCAAUUUAAAAUCAUAUUUGAGGCACCUAACCCACAGACCAACAAGUUUUGUAGGCUGCAUGCAAGACAUAGUUAUCAAUGGUAAGUGGAUCUUCCCAGACGAGGAACCGGAUGAUAAUACAUCGCUGGUGAAAAUUCAAAGUGGUUGUCCAAGAUCAGAACAGUGUAAGCCUAAUCCGUGUCAUUCGAAUGGAGAGUGCAAAGAUCUAUGGCAUACAUUUUCAUGUGGAUGUCAGAGACCUCAUUUGGGGCAUACGUGUAAAUAUAAUAUAACUGCUGCAACAUUUGGGCACGAAAACACUACACAUUCAGCUGUAUUAGUGGAAACCAACGAGACAGCUCGCAGGGCUAUUCGUUCUAUUUUGGAUAUUUCGAUGUUCAUAAGAACUCGGCAAUCUACUGGACAAAUAUUCUAUCUCGGUAGUGAUACCAGAAAAGCCCUGACUUCACCUAGGGGUACAAGUGAAAUUGGGGACUCAUAUGUCUCAGCAAAGCUGCAUGGUGGAGAACUUUUAGUUAAAAUGCGAUUUAAUGGUACACCAGAAGCUUAUACAGUAGGUGGGAAUAAACUAGACAAUGGCUACAAUCACCUUAUAGAAGUUGUGCGGAAUCAAACGUUGGUCCAAGUCAAGCUCAACGGUACCGAGUACUUCCGGAAGACACUGUCUUCGACAGGUCAACUUGAUGCACAGGUGCUGUACUUGGGUGGACCAGCGCCGACUUUAGAUAAUUUAGAAACCAACAUGACAAAGGAAGAAGAAGAUAAGCUCUAUUUUAAGGGUAUUAUUCAAGAUGUUCAAAUUAGCAAUGGUUCACAUGCAAUGAUUGUUGAGUUAUAUCCUUUGAACGAAGAAGACCUACAGCUCCCGAAGCCAUUCGGAGAAGUUACAAUUGAUCGGAAUUCAGUUCUGAAAGGUGCUGUAUCUGAUGAUUUAUGUCGGAAGAAACCAUGUCAGCACAAUGCAGAAUGCAAAAAUACUUGGAAUGACUUUGAGUGUACUUGUCCCAAGGGAUAUAAGGGCAAAUUUUGUCAGGAUAUUGAAUUUUGCCAGCUAAAUAAAUGCCCAGGCAAUGGAGUGUGUCAGAAUUUGGAUGAUGGUUUUGAAUGUAUUACAAAUAUGACUUUCACUGGCAACGAAAAAUCGCCUUUAGCCUUCGCAUACUUUUCCGUGAAUCCAGAUGAAGAAACUGUUCUGAAGCCUGUUGUUGAAAUUUCGUACAGAACCAAGACUGGAGGAACACUGCUAUAUGUUCAAGAUGGAGAUCGUUAUUUUGACAUUGCUGCCUUCAGAGAUCAAGUUACAGUUCAGUGGAAAUUGGGUCGGGAGCUGCCAGAAACAAAGCGAUUUACCAAAGACAAGUCUGAUUUCGAAUGGAGCCGAGUAUUUUUAAAAGUUGAAGGAGAUAAACUCGAAGGUGGUUGGAAAGGUUGGGAGGAGACACCAGAUCCGUCGCCGGCAUUCACCUCUGACAUUGAUCAAAGUGCAUUCCAGGAUUUAAUUUCAGGCAAAAAUAUGGUUUACUUAGGAGGAAUGCCCCUAUCUGAUAAUCUUCUAUCACGCGGGCUGACAUCUGGAGCGACUUUUAAAGGUUGCUUAGGAGAAGCCAGAUUGGGUGACCUAAUACUUCCUUAUUUUAUGAACAACGAAAUGUACUCUGAGAAUUUACAACCACGUUCACAGUUCCGACUAAACUCAACCAAACCCGAAGAGGGUUGCGUUCUUUGCUUCCAAGAAGAUUGUAAAAAUGAUGCAGUUUGCUCAAAUCCUUCAGAGCAAUACGCUUGUGAUUGUAAGCCUGGCUAUGAAGGCGAUGAUUGCUCAAUCGAUAUUGAUGAGUGUCUACUAGCAAAUUGUACAAAUAACUCAACUUGCAUUGACAAAGUAGCCAGCUUUGUUUGCAGCUGUUUGCCAGGCUAUGAUGGUCAACUUUGCGAGCACAAUAUCGAUGAGUGUGCUUCCAUGCCGUGUCACAAUGGUGGAAACUGCACGGAUCUGGUAGCAGCUUUCCAUUGUGACUGUACAGAGGAUUAUGCUGGACCACAGUGUGAUGUCUUGAAGUUGGUCACUUGUGCCGAUCAACCAUGUCGAGAAGGCUCGACGUGUGUGGAUGGCUUCAAUAUGACAACGGGCAACAACUUUACUUGCUUUUGUAUGCAAGGAUUGCAGGGUUCUUUAUGCGAUGUUCCCUUCUGCCAAGUUGAACCCUGUGAAAACGGUGGUUUUUGCCUCACAACGGAACCAACGCCACCUGUUUGCCAAUGUAGCAUUGGUUAUACUGGAAGACUUUGUGAAACCGAAAUCAACGAAUGUGAUCCUGAGCCAUGUCAGAAUGGUGGAGAAUGUAAGGAUUCAAUAGGAAGUUAUUCGUGCAAUUGCACAGGAACUGGUUUCGAAGGUCAAAUGUGUGAGAUUGAUAUCGACGAAUGUCAGACAGGUCCUGCUAAAUGUGGCGGUAGAGGAGUUUGCAUAAAUACACGUGGUUCUUUCAAAUGCUUAUGCGAAGUUAAACUCUGUGGCUCAGAGUGCAACUUAGUAGAUCCGUGUCAGCAACAGAACAUGUGCAUGAAUGGUGGAAUUUGUGUAGAAGCCUGUACAGAUGUAGCUGAUUAUUAUUGUAACUGCACUGAUGGGUUUGGAGGGAAAAACUGCUCAGCAAUGAUCGUCGCUAAGGAUGAGGGCCCGUCAACAGCAGAUAUAGCAAUUAUUGUUAUUCCGGUAGUGGUGAUAUUAUUGCUUAUAGCUGCAGCUUUGCUGGGUACAUUCUUGGUUAUGGCUCGCAACAAACGAGCAACGCGAGGCACCUACAGUCCCAGUGCGCAGGAGUAUUGUAAUCCACGUUUGGAAAUGGAUAAUGUGCUUAAACCUCCGCCUGAAGAACGUCUAAUUUAGUGCGGUGCGUCAGAUAUUCUUCGUUGGUUGUUUUUUUUUAAUAUAAUAUAAAUAAAUGUUAUUUGGCGUUAUGAUGGAAUAAGAAUUACUUGUA